AAUUCACGAGACCGAACGACCAACUGUAGACAAAGAACCUUGUUUGAGACAGAAACUCAACCUGCUGAGUAAUAUUUUUGUGGAAUUUAUUUUAUUGGCAUCACCUUUGCUUUGACGGUAAAAUGCCAGGAAAGAAGAAGAAAAACACCUCUCGUCGUGGACAAAACGACAAAAGUUGCGCCUCUGACCAGGACAAAAGUAGCAAGCUGGAAGAUCUUCUGGAGAACCCAAUAGAAGAUUUGCUGGAGGCCAAUGAACAGCCCGACCAGCCGUUGGACGAGGCCCCAGAACCAGCAAACCAAAACACUCCCAAGAUGGGGGAAGUGAAAAAGCUACAUGAACUGGAACAGAAGUGCAAAAACCUCCAGGCAGAGAAAGUCCUUCUGACAAAGGACAAGAAACAACUGCAGGAGAAAGUCAGAGAUCUCCAGCUUGAAAAUCAAGAGCUGGAGAUGAAAAAGGAAUUGGUUGAAGAGGAAUUUUUGGCUCUGCAGGACCAAGAAAGAACUCGCAAGGACGAGACGAAAGAGACGCAGAAAAUGAUAAAGGAGCUGCAGGAAGCUAAAAAGACGCUCCAGGAGCAAAAUAAAAUGCUGGAAAAACAGCUGGAGGAAGUGUCGAGAAAGCCAGACAAAUCUGACAACAAUAGGUCUGGAAGGUUCGACAUGCAGGCCGAGAUAGUAACUCUGACCAGCGAAAAAAAGGAGCUCAAGGCCUCCAACAAAGCCCUUGAAAAGCACAACAAGGACCUGACCAAGCAAACAGAGAGGAUGGCCGAGGAGAUAAAGGUCCUUCAGGAGAAAAACAAGGAGAUAAAAACCAAGGCUAAAGAGACCUUAAUGAAACUGAAGGAUAAAUAUAAAGCUGAGAAAGAAGAGUUGGAGGUCAAAAGUAAAGACUUCCAAGAUCAAAAUCUACAGCUGGAAAGAGAAAACAAAGACCUCCACGAAAAAAAUCAGGAAUUUGAGGGAACCACCAAAACCCUCAGAGAUGAGAUCAACAACCUGGACAUAAAAAGUGAAACUCUCCAGAGAGAAAAACUGGAUCUGGAGAUUAAAAAUGAAAAUCUCCAGACAGAAAAACUGAAUCUGGAGAUUAAAAAUGAAAAUCUCCAGACAGAAAAACUGGAUCUGGAGAUUAAAAAUGAAAAUCUCCAGACAGAAAAACUGGAUCUGGAGAUUAAAAAUGAAAAUCUCCAGACAGAAAAACUGGAUCUGGAGAUUAAAAAUGAAAAUCUCCAGAAAGAAAAACUGGAUCUGGAGAGUAAAAAUGAAAAUCUCCAGACAGAAAAACUGGAUCUGGAGAUUAAAAAUGAAAAUCUCCAGAAAGAAAAACUGGAUCUGGAGAUUAAAAAUGAAAAUCUCCAGACAGAAAAACUGGAUCUGGAGAGUAAAAAUGAAAAUCUCCAGACAGAAAAACUGGAUCUGGAAGCUAAAAAUGAUGAUCUCCAGUUGGUAAACAAAGCUCUGGAGCAGGACAAGUCGUCAAUCCAGGAGGUAGUAAAAGUCCUGACAGAACAGAGCAAAAAAUUUGAAGAAGAAAACAAAACCCUGCAGAAAAACAAUGAAGAGCUGCAGGAGCGCCUCGUUAAGAAGCAGCAGAAGAAGAGAUUCUUCUGCUGCUUCAAGAGCGCAGAGCAGAGAGAGGAGGAGAAAAUGGUCAAAAAAGAAAAGAAAGAGAAGAGGAAGAAGUCGGGUUGCUGGAGCUGGAUGUUCUAAACUUCCUUUCUCCAACUUCCUACCAACUUCCUACCAUCUUUCUCCCAUUUUCCCCCUUUCUCACCCCUUUCUCACCCCUCUGUCCUCCCUCUAUCCUCCUUCUUUCCUCCCUCUGUCCUCCCUCUAUCCUCCUUCUUUCCUCCCUCUGUCCUCCCUCUAUCCUAAGGGCAGCACAGUGGCUCAGCGUUCAGCGCUGCAGCCUCACAGAAACACUUCUUCAUGUUUCUGUGGGGAGUUGUGUGUUUUCUCCCCGUGCUUGCGUGGGUUUUCCCCGGGACGCUCCGGUUUCCUCCCACAACACAAAAAAAACACAAAUUAGGCUAAUUGGAUUCUCUAAAUUGUCCUCUAAUUCCAAAAAAAAAAAAAAAAAAAAAAAAAAGGAGA